AUGGUGUUUGUUAAUAGCUGGCGUGCCUGUGCGUUGGCUCUUGUCAGCUCAGUCAUUACUCGCGCGAUUGUUAGGCGAUAUUGGACCUCGAUCCGGGAUAUCCCUGGCCCACUGUUGGCUUCAUUCUCGAACCUCUGGCGGGUUUUGCAGAUUUUGAAGGGCCAUACCGAAGCAGAAACGAUCAUGUUACAUAGAAAACACGGGUACUUUGUUCGCAUCGCGCCAAAUGAAGUCAGCGUUUCUCAUCCCGACGCUGGCCCAUGGUAUGCAAUCCUGAGUCUACCAGACUAUCGCUAUGUCAACCAAAUGUCGGAACUAGACCCCCAGCAACAUAUCAGAAAACAGCGAAACAUCUCGUCAGGCUACACUCUCUCCAAUAUCAUUCAACAUGAGCCCCAUUUCGACGCAGUACUCCUGCUGUUGAUUGCCCGCCUGGACGAAUUUUGCAAGUCCAACCAUCCCGUUGAUUUAGAUCAGUGGUUUACCUUUUUCGCUUUUGACGCUGUAGGCGAGGUCAUAUUUUCUAAGUCGUUUGGCUUUCUUGAACGUGGUAAGGAUAUCAGAAACGCCAUUGCAAACCAAAGACUACUAGCGCCCUAUGCUGCGAUAAUGGGCUACUAUACGUGGUUCCAUAACCUUACACUCGGGAACCCUCUCCUUAGCCGAUUGGGAAUCCAGCCUUCGUCUCACAUUUUUGACACGUGUAGUGCGGCCAUCGAUGCACGAAAGCAAAACCCCGCAAAGCGAAAUGACAUGAUGCAGAAGUGGCUGGACACUCGUGCCAAGUAUCCUGAUCGUAUGGAGGAGAUUGAGAUCUUUUCUACAGCCGUUGGGACACUUGGCGCUGGUGGAGAUACUGUUAGCGCAACAAUACAGGCGCUAUUCUAUUUCCUGAUUCGGCAUCCCCCUUAUAUGAUUCGGCUUCAGGAUGAGCUCGAUGCGGCUGAGGCCCGUGGGGAGCUCUCGCAUAUUGUUCAGUAUGCCGAAGCACAGAAACUACCUUUUCUCCAAGCUUGUAUGAAAGAGACAUAUCGGUUCCAUAUCGCCGUUGGUCUCGGGCUACCACGAGUCGCUCCCCCUGGUGGAAUUACUAUCGCCCGCAGAUUCUUCGCGGAAGGGACCAUUCUAAGCGUAAAUCCCUGGGUCAUUCACCGCAACCCUGAGAUAUUCGGUGAGGAUUGCGACAGUUUCAACCCAGACCGUUGGUUCCGGAAAGAGUGCGGAGAUAUGAAUGCAUUCUUGAUCCACUGGAGGGCAGGAUACAACGCAUGUCCAGGACGAAUUUUGCUCAAUUUGAAAUAUCCAAGCUUGCUGCCACGCUGCUCCGGCAUUUUGACAUCGAACAAAUAG